AUGGCUUUGGAAACAGUCCCCAAAGACCUUCGUCAUCUGCGAGCUUGUCUUCUUUGUUCUCUAGUAAAGGUAACCCGCGAAUGAAAGGGGAAAAGCUUAAGCUAGCUUCUGCUAACGAGAAGCCUCUUUUGGCGACGCUGUGUUUUUUUGUUAUGGUGUGCCAAACAUGAACUCAAACUGAGAGAUUGGUGAUUUCAAAAUAAGUUUGUUGACUGACUUCAACCUAAUUCUGACUGACGCUUUUCUACGAAGCUUUAGAGUGAUAUAUGAUAUAAUUUAGUCUCUGAAAAGGGUGUUUGUUCGGCACAUAACACCAGCACAGUACCUAAAACCUUUCUGUUAUAAUUCACAACAUUGGUUCAGUGUGAAAAGUAUUAAGAUCAGCGGUUACAGCACUUUACAAAAUCUACCACAUUUCUGUCAGCAUAUAGAUCAGACUUAUCUUGAAAUAAUAUGAAUCCCCGGACCUUAUGAAACCUUAUUUUUCUUGGUCCUAGAGGAUGUGAUCUCUUUCUAACAUUUAUUGUCUGUGUCUUUGUUUUUAGACUAUUGACCAGUUUGAAUACGACGGCUGUGACAAUUGUGAGUCCUACCUCCAGAUGAAGGGAAACAGAGAGAUGGUUUAUGAGUGCACAAGCUCUUCAUUUGAUGGGUGAGUGAUGAGUGAACUUGUAUCAUUUACAGCCUUUGAAAUUUAACUUCAUAUUAUCGGUGUGUGAGUGUGUAGGCUUAUCCACAUUGUCUUUUUGCCUGCAGUGUGGUGGCCAUGAUGAGUCCUGAGGACAGCUGGGUCGCUAAAUGGCAGAGGAUAGGUAAAGAUGAUGUAUUUUGGACAAACUCAAUAUUCACUGUUUUUUUUCAAUCACAUUUGAUCAUGAUGUAAACAGAAAAUGAAAAUGAAAACAUGAUUCACAGCAAAAAAACACAAAUCAUUUAAAAUCCCAUAACAACUUAAAGGGAUAUUCCGGCGUAAAGUUAAUUCAGGGUCAAACACACCGUAACACCGAGUUAGACACCCCCUUCGAGAGAUGAAUGUUGCCGACCGCUUGCUUCUCCAGUUAUACCAACUUUAGUAACGACCGCAUGAUAGCGAUACACAGCAGUCUGAGGAGCCAUAAACAAACCUCAAUCAAAACGCCACUCUAUAGCCACAAAUAAUGCUCAGAACAGCACCUAACUUCAUCAACAGUACAUAGAGGGUCCCAGCCAUAGUACUAGCAACCAAACAUCUUUUGAACUUUGCCUGGUUUCUUUAGCAAAGAGACUAAACACAACUCACCUACUCUCUUCCAGCAGCCACUUGUUUGUAGCGAGACCUCAGACGAGGUCAGCUAAAAGAAGAACGUUAAUUGCAUUAUCGUUUCCUCUAAGAAAUAAUCAUCAUCAUAAUCAUUUUGCACUGCAGAGGCGGUAGUUAUUCUGCCUUUGCGUCUUGGUCUGAUUGCAUUUCCAUGAAGAAAUGAUCAUAAAUGUUCUUCCUUGAGCUGCGUCACCCCGCUGUAGUCCGUAAUGGACUGGCCUAAGGUCUCGCGACAAACUGCUGGAAGAGAGUAGGUGAGUGACUAGAGAAGCAAGGGGUCGGCAACAUUCAUCGGUCGAGGGAGUGUCUAACUAGGUCAGGGGUCGGCAACCCGCGGCUCUGGAGCCGCAUGCGGCUCUUUCUUCCCUAAGAUGCGGCUCCCAGUGGAUUUGGAAAAUAAAUAAUAAAUACUUAAUUGCAUUUUAUUUUAUUUUAUUAUUUUUUAUUUUUUUUUGUAAUUCUAAAUUCAAAGAUUAUAAUGCUCUUGUAACAUUAAAUAAACUAUUAAGGCUGCAACAACGAAUCGAUUAAAUAGAUUCGUCGUGACGAAAAAAUCCGUUGCCAACAAAUUCUGUAAUCGAUUCGUCGGGUCUUUAUAUAUGUCCAUGGACACCGGCGUGUAAACAUCAGCAGGACGCACAGAAAAGAAACAGCCAUGGCCGAGGCAGCGGCUGAGAAAAACAUGGACACAACCUAACCCAAAUCCCGACCUAAAACAUCAGUGGUGUGGGAAAACUUCACCAAGACUGAAAAGGAAGGCGUUCAGUGCAACAUUUGCAAAGACCGUUUUGCAUGGCGCGGGAGUACAUCGAUGAUGCGUGAGCACAGGGCUCUCAAGUCUCACGCAUUCAGCGUAUGACACACGCAUUCCCACUCGUUCACACGCUCACACACCACACAUUGUAUUUCUCACGCAUUUAAAUGAACACGGUGAUGUCCACCAAGUUGCACUUCUUCAACUAUGGAACUGGGGGAAAUCAACUGAGUUCCUCCGAGAGUUCAGAAGCUGCGUGCCACGCACAAGCCAAUCAAAUAAAGUAUAUCUACUGAACAGCCAAUCAAAAAGCAGCAUUGCUGUAUCCGGGUAGAUUUUGAUAUCUUGCGGUUUAACUACAGAAGAAGACAGACACUCGCCGAAAUAGUUCAUUUAUUUCAUAAAUGCAACUCGCUACAGUUUUUUAUAUACUUUGUAUAAAGGUAAAAAAAAAAAGAUAUAUGCAAUGUUAUCUUCAUUUUAGAUGUCAAAGAGGUUUUGUGGCUCCGUGUGUUUUCUUUUCUGUGGGAAACUGGUCCAAGUGGCUCUUUGAGUGUUUAAGGUUGCCGACCCCUGAACUAGGUGUUAUGGUGUGUUUGACCUUAACUUCAUUUUACACCAGAAUAUCCCUUUAAAGGCCAUAAUGUUAGACAUGUGAUAUCAGGAAGGCAGAAUUAAAACCUUUCGAUUGUCCCCUACUUUCACAUUAGGCACACAGAGCUUCACAAUGAAGCAGAUUGAUUGGUCAAUAAGCAGAGUUGUCUACAGUUUGACCACUUAUUCCUAGACAUAACUUGCUACAGAGCAAGUAAGGUGUGCAUCUUAAGUUACCAUGGUGAACUUCCCUACUAAAAAGUGAACCACCCUCAUAGUCGUGAAAUUCCAGAGUUAACACAGUUACCUUGUACAUCUAGCUUCAUGGUGAAACCCCUCUGAUAAAUUUUCCAGGAUGUCAAAAGUCCUUUUGUCUUCACCUCAUAGUCUGAAAAAAGUGUCGAGCUGAUUAUUGGUUUAUUAUUUCACUUGGUUAAUAAGAGCAGUAAAUCUGAACCAAUCAGAAUCUUUUCAUCCUUAGAUCAACAGUGACCUUAAAGACACUAAAAGGUCAGGCAAAAGUUCAGUGAGGGUGUAUCCUUAUGCUGAUAUAUGAAGAAAAAAAAACAGUGAAGCUUUUAAAACAAAAGCCUUAAAACAGUUUAUAACAAUUUUUAUGCCCUUUAUUAAACUGUGUCAGUUCAGUUCAUUGUAUUCAUUUUGUAAUUUUGUGUGAAUCAUGAAACUUUUGCAUUUUAUUUCAUUCCGUCUGACAGGAAACUUCAAACCAGGUGUUUAUGCAGUGUCAGUGACAGGCAGACUACCACCAGGUACACUUGAUUGCACUUUACCAGCCUCUUUAUAUGUUAAAUUAUCUUUACUUCAUAAAGUUUGUUUGGCUCAUUCUUGAUCAUAUGUCCUCCCAGUUAAGAGAACAUUUUUGUCAUGUAUUUUCCCUCUUUCUCUGAAGGUGUGGUGAGAGAGCUGAAGAGCAGAGGAGUGAUCUACAAAUCCAGAGAUACAGCAGUGAAGUCAUGA